GCACUGUAAGUGACCAAAAGCAACCUGCUCUAGUCCAAUCGGUCUCAGUGCCGACCUUCACACAGGAGCGUCAGGGCACUCAAGUCUGCCAGAGCACACGGACUUACACAUACGCACGCACACACACACACACCCUCCCUUCUGCAAGGCACCCUGCAUGACCUCUCACCAUUGGCCAAGUCCCGGAACCCUCAGCAUCUCCACCACUGCUGAAGGGACCAUUCGGGAAAGCAGGAGACACAGGUGGAAUAUGAGGAUGUUUGUGCAGCUCCUGUUGGGACUCUACGUCCUCGAGGCGGUGGUGUGCAACCCCAGAUUUUCCCGACAAACGGAAUUGGACACAUACGACAGCCCCAAUUACGAUGAGGAUCUAGACAAUUUCAAUUUGGAGAACCAGGAUAUCUAUGACUAUGAACAUGGGCUGACAAUUGACCACCCUCAGAUAGAGAUUGGAACACUGGCUCCGGCGGACUAUCACUACCCCGUACCAAAGGCCUCGCUGGAGGAAGAAGCAGGGGAGGAGGACGAGGAGGAGUUGCCCCUAAAACCGCAGCUCAUCCCUCAGGGUUCAGGGGGAUCUGGGCUGCUCAUGGGUCCAGAUACACAGAAAGAGGAGGAGCUUCGUCUGACGCCCACUGACAUUCUUCAUGUCUCCGGGGAUUUUGGAGGCUCAGUGUGGUCUGGAGCCUCAGGAGCUUCUGGGGCUUCUGAAUCUGGAGCCUCAGGAAAGCUAAUGGUCACCAGUGCUUCUGGAGGUUCAGGGGACCUCCUCAGCUCUGGGGAUCUCUUGGGAUCUGGGGAUGUUGUGGGAUCUGCAGGUUCUGGAGCUUCUGGGGAUCUUUUCUCUGGAGGCUCUGGGAUUCCUGUUGAGCACCCCACGAGCUCCGGGGAUCCAUCUGAUUCUGGAUUCUCUGGAGAUCUCCUUAUCUCAGGAAGCUCUGGGGACUCCGGUGACUCAGAGAUCUCAGGGAUAACAUUGUUACCUGAAGAGGAGGAGCUGACCCUCAUUCCUGAGUCUAUCCCACAUGAGGUAUCAGGUGCUUCUGGGGAGUACAGUGGAACUUCAGGAAUCUCAGGGGAUCUUGGAGCCUCUGGGGACUUGGGGAUCUCUGGAGACUUGGGGAUCUCUGGGGACUUGGGCAUCUCUGGAGACUUGGAAGUCUCUAAAGAGGUGGAGGUCUCUGGAGAGAUUGAGACCUCAGUCUCUGGAGACAUCAAGCUCCCUGGUGUUACUCUGCUCCCUGACGCUGAUGAAGAGGAGGAGCUGCUUCCGACUAUACAAGCUCCUGAAGAGGGUGCUGGUGGUACAGAAGGGUCAGUGAGCUCUGAAGUGCCAGAGCCUGAAGAACCCGAUGAGCCUGACAAGCCUGAUGAACCUGAGGUUGACAGGCGAGGUAUGCCCACUUGUUUGUUGUGCACCUGCCUGGUUGGUUCGGUUUACUGCGAUGACUUGAAGUUGGAUAGUGUUCCACCUCUUCCCAAAGACACCACUCACUUCUACGCCCGGUACAACAAAAUCACAAAGAUCAACAAGUCCGACUUCGCCUCCUUGAACAAGCUGAAGAGGAUUGACUUGACAGCCAACCAGAUAGCAUACAUUGACGAAAAAUCAUUUUUGGCCCUGCCUGAGCUGGAGGAGCUCGUGAUCCGUGAAAAUCACAUCUCACAGCUGCCUGCUCUCCCCGAGACUAUGACCCUGAUUGAUGCCAGCCACAACAACAUUGGUUCCAGGGGAAUUCACAAAGAGGCAUUCAAAGAUAUGAGUGGAUUACUGUACCUAUACCUAACAGACAACAACAUUGACUACAUACCUAUUCCUCUGCCGGACAGUCUGCGAUCUCUACACCUACAGCGCAACAAUAUUCACAUGAUGCACGAGGACACGUUCUGCAACCUGAAAGAUUUCAACUACAUCAGGAACGCGCUGGAGGACAUCCGUUUGGACGGCAACCCCAUCAACCUCAGCAGGACCCCACAGGCUUACAUCUGCCUCCCCCGUAUACCCAUCGGAGAUCUUGUUUAGCCACACAGACGCAAAACUACACCCUUACACACCAACUCCCACAAAUCCAACCACACGCACACAUCUUUGUACAUAACUGUCACAGGCAGACCUCCCAUACAGGCCAUUUGUUCACACCUCAAACGUUCAGUUACAACAGCGUAUUUGCUAUAACCUUCAACGAACAUGCUGCUGAUGUACACGACAACUACUACGCCUCUGUGUGGACAAUCGUGUUUCACAUGCUGAAAUGAUCAGUCAGAUUCUGGACUUCAAGCACAUAUGCACUCUGUACUUUCCUGCUUUUAUGCUAACAAAACUGCACCAGUAAACAAAAACACACACACGAGAACUUUGUCACAACACAAACUGUUCCGUAACUUAGGGUGGCAUUCAGAAAGAAGAAAAAAAACCUGUUUCCUAGGCAAACCAAAUCAAAUGGCAUGUAGGCGUCUGUUCACCGGCUACAACCCAUAACAUUGUUUAAAUAAUAAGAAAUAAAAAAAGAUUAAUUUUAAUGAACAAGUCUGAGACUCUUGGAAAUGUGUAGUAGCAUAAACGUAUUGAAGCUGGAGCUUAAUGAAAGGUCAACGGAGCAUCUAAUGCAAUUAAAGACGCAUUUAAACACAAUCACUUCUUGUAAAGUCUGUGCUGUAAUAUAUAAAAAAAAUAUAUAUGUUCUGAAAAAAAUGUUGUUUUGUUUUUUACAUGAACUGCAAUAACUGAUACAGUACAAUUGAAAAAGUAAUGUUUUAUCCAUGCACAAUAGCUUAAACCAAAGAUACUGAUGUCGAGACUAUAAACUAUAUUUGUGACUUCGAGGUCGGGGUUAUUGAUUAUGGAUUGGGUUCAUAAUAAUGCUAAUAGCUUGCUGUUGUGUGCUCUGUAUGGAAUAACCACAAGUGAAUAAAGUUGUUUUGAAGACCUCUC